UAGAGGGGCAGUGGAAGGCUGGCACGCCCAAGCUACAGAGCUGAAUGACGCCCGUCUGUUGCAUCUUUGGUAUCGGUGCGUCCUGCUAUUGGAGGACCACUCCAAAAGAAAGCAAUCAGCGGCGCGCCGUGGGCGGGUGGAACGCCUGUUUAUAAAUCCAGAUCUCUCCCCCAAGGUUGGGAACAGCAACAGGAGAAGAGCGAAAGUGAGGCGCAUGAGAAGUGAGAGAGAAAGAGACGUGGAAGAGCCGAGGCAGUGGCGGUGGCUGUGGUUGACCGGGGUCCGCGGAGGGGGCGCGGCGUCCGCCCCUGCAUGCGACUUCAGCCGCGCAUGGACGACCAUCUCAGCCUCCUGCAAUCACCCCCGCCGAGCGCGACCAAAACCCGAGGCGACAACCUGGUGAACCACGGCUACACCGAGACAGAGGCGGACGUGAUGACGGUGGUGGCGUGUGACAACAUGCUGGAGGAGUCGGCGGCUCUACCGGGCCACCACUCUUUGGAUCGAUACGAACCGGAUCACGAGUGCUGCGAGCGGGUGGUCAUCAACAUCUCUGGGCUGCGCUUUGAGACGCAGCUGAAGACUCUGUCACAGUUUCCAGAGACGCUGUUAGGGGACCCCAAGAAGAGGAUGAGAUACUUCGAUCCCCUCAGGAAUGAAUACUUUUUCGAUCGGAACCGACCCAGCUUUGAUGCCAUCCUCUACUACUACCAGUCUGGCGGGCGCAUCAGGAGACCCGUAAAUGUGCCCAUUGAUAUUUUCUCUGAGGAAAUACGUUUCUAUGAGCUGGGAGAAGAGGCUAUGGAGAAGUUCAGAGAGGAUGAGGGCUUUAUUAAGGAGGAGGAGCGGCCGCUGCCAGAUAAUGAGUUUCAAAGGCAGGUGUGGCUGCUUUUUGAGUAUCCAGAGAGCUCGGGUCCUGCCAGGGGAAUAGCGAUAGUGUCUGUCCUGGUCAUUCUCAUCUCCAUUGUCAUCUUCUGCUUAGAGACACUUCCAGAGUUCAGGGAUGAGAACAGGGACCCCAUCACCAUUGCGCCUGUGAUAAAUGGCACGCUUCCCUAUUUCAUUAGUCCCUUCUCAGAUCCCUUCUUCGUGGUGGAGACGCUGUGCAUCAUCUGGUUCUCAUUCGAGCUGCUGGUGCGCUUUUUUGCAUGCCCGAGCAAAGCCACCUUCUCCAAAAACAUCAUGAACAUUAUUGACAUCGUUGCCAUCAUCCCUUACUUCAUCACACUGGGCACAGAGCUGGCGGAGAGGCAGGGAAACGGACAGCAGGCCAUGUCGCUGGCCAUCCUGCGCGUAAUCAGGCUCGUCCGGGUGUUUCGCAUCUUCAAACUCUCGCGUCACUCCAAGGGCCUGCAAAUUUUGGGACAGACACUCAAAGCCAGUAUGCGUGAACUGGGACUGCUCAUCUUCUUCUUGUUCAUUGGGGUUAUACUUUUCUCCAGCGCCGUUUACUUCGCUGAAGCGGACGACCCGGAUUCGGGGUUCAGUAGCAUCCCGGACGCAUUCUGGUGGGCGGUCGUAACCAUGACCACCGUGGGAUACGGGGAUAUGCACCCUGUGACGAUCGGGGGCAAGAUUGUGGGAUCCCUGUGCGCGAUUGCCGGCGUGCUGACCAUAGCGCUACCCGUGCCCGUCAUCGUUUCCAACUUUAACUACUUUUACCACAGAGAGACGGACGGCGAGGAGCAGGCGCAAUACCUCCAUGUGGGGAGCUGUCAACCUCUGGCGGACACAGAGGAGCUGAGGAAGACUCGAUCAUCCUCCUCACUCAGUAAAAGCGAGUACAUGGUGAUAGAGGAGCAAGGGUUUAACGGUUCUUUUAAGCAGCAGCCAAACUUCCCCACCAACCCAACCCCCGUUCAGAACAACUCACAGAACUGUGUAAACAUAAACAAAAAGAUUUUCACCGACGUGUAACGUGAACGCAAACGGCCACUGAGAGCAGGAGGACGUGAUGUGUCACGCAUCUGCAGCGACUUUAGAAAGCAACAGUAGAUAUAAGAUGAUGGAUGAUGCUGGGCGCGUUUGUUUAAUGAGAUGAUUUGUGCUCCGUUCGAUCAAUUAGUUUUGUAUAUCUACAUAUUUAGGUAAUUGUUGCUUGCAAAAGGUGAAAGAGCUCCUCCUUUUGUUCACUGAACCUGUUGUAUGCCGUGCAAUAAGCAGCAUAUUAAACGCAUCACAACAGAUAGAGAUAAAGAUGAAUGACGCGUAAAAGCGAAAGCACCUGACAAUGGAUUCUCAUGCGUUAUUACCAUGCAUUAAGAGUCGUGAUUUCGCAAGCAAUAGCCUGUAUGUGUAAUUUUCAGAGUCAUUAGAAUAUGUUUGCCUAUUUCUGUUUUCAAAAACAUGUAGCCAAAUGUCAGGUAAACAUAAUCCAGCAUAUAUAUGUCAUAUAAGCCGUUUUGUGGUACGUCUAUUGUGCGUUAAAGUGUAGAUUAAAUGCUACUGCUUUGAAAAAAAAAAAAAAAACAACAGAAAAACAACCUAGGUAUAAACUUGGGUUUUUAAUGCGUAAACGGCGCCGUGUAAACCACCAAUCAAAGCGGCUGUCAAGGUCUCUUUAUAGGUGGGAGACACACGUGAGGAGAGAAACAAGAAAAGGGAGCGUUCUCUGAUCAAAGAUGGAGCGCCUUUCUGUCGCGGAAGCCUCAAAUAGAGCCCGCUGUGAUGCAGUCUCCAUGGCGACGCCAGUUUACUUGGUACCCUCCCAGUGCCGUUGCCAUAGCAUUGCCGUUUCCACAGUAACCUCCCAGAUGGUUUCGCAGCUACAUUGGAGGACCUACUGUGAGGGGGGCAGCAUGUCUUUUCAUUGUUUAAUCAUUCAGAACAAAACAUUUCUAGAUUCAGUGACUGUUAAAGGCUGCUGGAGCAAAAACAACAGAAAAAAACAGUGAAGACAUCAGACACUCUGAAA